AUGUCACAUCCCGGGAAUACACCAAAAGCAUUUACUGGGGAAGAUGGAAGCCCGGAGAAGCAUCGUUCAGAUUCCCUCACCACAGGCAAGACUGGGCAGCUUGUUGAAGUGUAUCACAAAUGUGGAUCCGUGUCAAGGGGCCAGCUCCAGCAUGGUGCUGAUGGAAUAGUUCUAGAGAUGCCAUCUGCGCUAAUGUUACUAGCGAUAGGGGAGUUUGAGAGGAUUCCACCAACCAAGACGGUCAUUGUUCCUGCCGGUGAAAUCUCGAAAAUUGAAUAUGUCGAGAAGCACCGGUGGCGUAGGGGAGAGGAAGAGGAUCAGUUACUGUGUGCAUUGAGCAGCGCUUACAAUCAUAUGGACUUGAUUGCUCAUGAUGGAAUAGUUCUAGAGAUGCCAUUUGCGUAUCUGAAACGAGUGACAGGAGAGAUUGAGAGGAUUCCACCUAUCAAGACAGUGUUUGUUCCUACCGACGAAAUUUUGGAAGUUGUAUAUGUCGAGAAGCACCGGUGGCUUAUGGGAGGGGGUGAUUUACUGCCUGAAUUUGUAGACGCUGUGUUUUCCACUAGAGGGCUGGAUACCCGAAACCUUUAUGGUGCAAAGGAGGCUCGGCAAGUCACAAAUGUAGCUAAUGACGUCCCGCUAGACAUUCCGACUCACAGAUAUGGCCCUGGUUCAUUUGAUAUACACGGGCUUCCAAAUCUAUAUCUUGGAACGGUAGUGGGACUAUUAGGGGGAAAAUCUACCGGAAAAACAACCUGUCUCAAGAUUUUGGCUGGGCAGCUGAAGCCAAAUCUUGGACGGUUUGAGGAUCCUCCGGAGUGGGAUGAAAUUAUUGACCACUUCGAUACCGAACACAUACGGACCUACCUGACCCGACUUCAGACAAACACACUUAAUGUGGCUCUGAAGUCACAAGACCUGACAGUCUAUAGGAGUUCUUUAACAGUCAGAACCUCUCUUGAAGAAUCCAAGGGGACUGGUUUUGAUUCGAUGGAGGAACUUAUCGAGGAUUUAGACAUGACCUCCAUGCUUGACACCUGUGUCACCGAUCUGUCUGACGCAGAGUUGCAAAGAUUUGCAAUUGCAUCCACAAUUGUACAGAUGGCAGAUGUUUAUCUCUUUGAUGAACCAACGAUCUUUCUAGAUGCGAGGCAAAAGUACCAAGUUGCACGGGUUAUUCUGUCGGUGGUCAAGCCUGAUAGAUAUGUUUGCAUAACAGAUAAUGAUAUGAGUGUGCUCGAUUUGGUCUGUGACCAUAUCUUAUACACUGGCGAGGAAACAACCUCUGGUGAAGUGCACUUAGAUCAUUAUCCUCUCACUCUUGAAGAGCUCAGUGAAGAGAUCGUGACUCCACCAACUUAUAGAUACCCAGAAACAGUAGUUAAAGGUUUUGGAACCUUCAGCCUUCACGUGAUGGGAGGAGACCUACGAAGCUCUGAAAUAACCGUAGUAUUGGGAAAUAUGCACACAGGGAAGACGUUGUUUCUGGAGUGGCUGAACCGUAUAAGUGUUGGACAAGAUUUCUCUCACAAAGAUCAGAAGAUGAUUAAAUGUGAGAAUAGGCAUGAUACAGUGGCAACACACUUGUAUAGGUUGAUUCGAUUUUCAUCACUGGACAGAGUAUUCCAGGAAUUGGUGCUGAAACCACUUGGCAUCGUAAAGAUUCUUGAUAAAAGGAUCAAGGAAGUGUCUCAAUCCACUUUGCAAAAGAUCGCCAUUGCUACAUGCUUGGGACAGGAGGGUGCACGUGUCUUUCUGCUAGAUGAACCAAGUAUUCAUCUAGACGCAAGGGAGAGGGUUAUAGCCGCCCAGACCAUAAAGCGGUUCAUCGCUUACUCAAGGAAAGCUGCUUUAGUAGUUGAACAGGACUUUAUGAUGGCCACUUAUUUGGCGGACCGUGUUAUCGUUGUUCAAGGAGAACCAGGAGUACAGAGUACCGUUAACUCUCCCGUCUUGAUGUCCAAUGGAGUUAACCAAUAUCUUUCGGACUUGAAUAUCACGUGUAGAACUAAUCGUUUCACGUCUUUAGCUCGGAUGAAUAAGCCAAGAUCCGUUGAAGACGAGGAGCAAAAAACCGGAGGACAUUUUUUUGAAGAUUUAGGAAGACCUGUGAAGAAUCUGGGAAGGGUAGAAGACUGA